AUGGCAUUCACCCUCCAACCCGUCGGACCCGCAGAUGUCUCAGACAUCACGCGAAUCUUCCAAUCCGCAUUCGCAAACGACCACAUAAUGAGUCAUUUCCACCCCCGCACCCCCGACCGCCUGAAGUGGGACCAAGAUUUCCAAUUCUUCUCCACGCAGAUCGCAGAGAGCGCAGCAUACGGCGGCCGUCUCACGAAAGUUGUCGAGGAAAGUUCCGGCAAAACGGUCGCCUUCUCGAAGUGGGAUUAUCCUCACGCGCUUACGGCGGAGCAACGGGCGGAGAAGAAGCGGAAGGCGAUGGAGGAUAGGCUGAAGAAGGUGGUAGAGGGGAGUAAUGAGGGGUUGAUGAAGGAUUUUUUCACGCAAUUGAUUGCGGGAAGGGAGAGGUGGCUUGUGCCGGAGAAGACGUUUUUCCUCCACAUCCUCGCCGUCGACCCCGCCUACCAGCGCCGGGGUCUGGGCUCCAUGCUCAUCCGUCCGGGUCUCGAAGAUGCGGACAAAGCCGGCGCACAGACCUACAUUGAAGCCUCGCCUGAUGGAUUGCCGCUGUAUCUGAAACAUGGAUGGGAGCCGGUGGAUAAGAUGGUGAUUGAUAUGGGAAAGCAUGGAGCGGGCAGUGGGGUGGAGGUUAUGCCGUUUUUGAUGAGGGAGGCGAACGCACCGAACAAAGUUGGGAAGAAGAUUGAUCUAUGA